AUGUUGGAAUGGUCAUGGUUGCAAAAGUCAAGAUUAGAGUGGAACUUAAAAGAUGAUAGAAACACUAGAUUCUUUCAUGUGAUAGCUAGCAGUAGACAGAAUAGGAAUGAACUGAAUUCUAUUCUGGUUGAAGAGAUGGUGGUUGAGGAUCCAAAGCAAGUGAAGGAUGUGGUAUGGGCAAACUUUAACAGGCACUUUUCAGAAGCAUGGAGGAUCAGACCUGUCUUAACUGGUGAUUUCAAGAGUAAGGUGUUUAAAGAAGAUGUGAUGCUGUGCAUGAAAGAGUUCCACAGUUUGGGUAGAUUGGCUUUUGGAAUGAAUAGCUCUUUCAUCGCUUUAAUCCCUAAGAAGGUCAAUAUAGUCAAUCUCAGUAAAUAUAGGCUAAUCAACUUGAUUGGGUCAACGUACAAGAUUUUGUCUAAGGUUCUAGCAAGUAAACUCAAACCAGUUAUGCCAGAAAAGAAAGCCAAGAAGAAGGGGUUGUUGCUGAAACUUGAUUUUGAAAAAGCUUAUGAUUCCAUCAAUUGGGGUUUUUUGUUUUCCAUGUUGUCAAAUUUUGGUUUUGGCUCUAAAUGGAUUUCUUGGAUGAAGGAGUAUAUCUCAAAUGCUAGAAUUUCAGUUCUUGUGAAUGGGCCACCAACCAAAGAGUUUAGUCCACAAAAAGGCCUUAGACUGGGUGAUUCAUUAUCACCUUUCCUGUUUAAUUUGGCAGCUGAAGGUCUAAGUAUUCUACUGCUCAGAGCAAGGGAUAUGGGACUGAUAAAAGGGAUGCAUAUUAGAGUCAAUGGGGUGGUUGUUUCACAUCUACAAUUUGCUAAUGAUUCACUACUAUUCUGUGAAACUGAUGUGGAGGAGGAGUCUAAGAUUAAUUUCCAUUAUAGUGUGGUUUGUGGGGUUGGAAUUUUGGGCAAUAUACUUAAGGAAUUUGCCACUUUGCUUAAUUGUAAAACUCAGAGUAUACCACUGAAAUUUCUAGGACCACCAUUGGGCGCCUCUCCAAGUAGAAAGAAAUCUUGGCAACCUGUCAUUGACAAGAUCAAAAUCAGACUUGCGGGGUGGAAAAGGAGGCUCCUCUCCUUUGUUGGCAAGCUGACUCUAAUCAAAUCAGUGCUGUCUAGUUUGCUUGUGAUUAUCUAUCUCUCGUCAGGAUGCCAGAAGGAGUUGCUAAGGAAAUUGAUAGAUUACAAGCAGCUUUCUUGUGGGGAGGCACAUAAUUGA